GUCCAGUCUACUUGAAGCAACAACUUCUAAUAAUCUCACACUCAACUCCAGCAGACUGAAUAUGUCUUAUUAUGGCAAUAUAAACAUUUCUAGGAAACAUGGAAUGGAAGAACAAUAUGAAGAAAUUAAUAUUCAGAGCAGAGAUGCCAAUACAGGAAAAGAGUACAAGGACAUCCAGAAACACCGAACACCUCAAAACACAGUGAGGAUCAGAAACUACAGAGCAGCUGUAGUGUGUUUGGUUCUGCUGUGUGUUCUUCUGCUGACUGCAGUCAUAGUGCUGUGUGUCCACAUCCAUACAAACAACACACACUGCAUACAAAAGAAAGACCAGAACAAGACAGACCACCUACCAAAUUUUGGAAAAGAUCAGUGCUCUUCCGACCCUAAAUGGAUAACAUACAAUCACAGUUCCUACUACAUUUCCUCUGAGUGGAAGAACUGGACUGAAAGCAGACAAGACUGUUUGCAGAGAGGAGCAGAUCUGGUCAUCAUAAACAACAAAGAGGAACAAGAAUAUAUUAAAAGGGUUACUAGUGGAAACGUUGUGUGGAUUGGUCUGACUGACAGUGAUAAUGAAGGGGUCUGGAAGUGGGUUGAUGGCAGCACACUGAACACUAGCUUCCGGAGUUUCUGGGGGACCCGUGAGCCUAAUGGUGGAAGAAAUGAUGACUGUGCUGUAUCUCAGUAUAGCUGGGCUGAUUUUCCAUGUCAUGAUACCUUUGUAUGGAUUUGUGAGAGGAAUUUACAGGUUUAACAAAACUGUUUCAUCAAAUCUGUACAUCUAAAGUGGUAACCAAAUAGAUUUGUUGUAAUGUGCAAAACAGUAAGAAGAGUUAGGGCUACUGUUCUUAUUAUUUUAAAUGAACGUAUGAUGCUCAUUUUAAUAAAAAUUAUAGAACAAUUAAAUUAUAUUAAAACAAAUAACAAAUUGCACUCAUUUCUCU